UACCGGGCGCUAGCUGGUGGUCGCUCUAGCCUCUCCCAUCGCUCACCGCCGACUCCAGCCGACCCGCAGACUUUCGGACCAUGGCCAACCUCGAGCGUACCUUCAUCGCCAUCAAGCCAGAUGGCGUGCAGCGCGGCCUGAUGGGCGAGAUCAUCAAGCGCUUCGAGCAGAAGGGGUUCCGUCUGGUGGCCAUGAAGUUCCUUCGGGCUUCUGAAGAGCACCUGAAACAGCAUUACAUUGACCUGAAGGACCGUCCUUUCUUCCCAGGGCUGGUGAAGUACAUGCACUCAGGGCCUGUGCUGGCCAUGGUCUGGGAGGGGCUCAAUGUGGUGAAAACAGGCCGAGUGAUGCUGGGAGAGACCAAUCCAGCUGAUUCUAAGCCUGGCACCAUUCGGGGGGAUUUCUGCAUUCAAGUUGGCAGGAACAUCAUUCAUGGCAGCGAUUCGGUGGAAAGCGCUGAGAAAGAGAUCGGUCUGUGGUUUAAGCCUGAAGAACUGGUUGACUACAAGUCUUGUGCCCAUGACUGGGUGUAUGAGUAGAGGUGGGUCAACGAGGGCCCUUCUCAGCGUUACUGGUCCCUGGACACAGCUCUUCAUCCCACUGAGCGGGAUGGAUCCUCUUUUCUAAGCAAUAAAGACUUUGGAAC